AGCCUCGGCCCGAGCCGGCCCCACGAGAGAUGGACCUGGCGGUCGGCGUGGCGGGCGAGGGCCGUGCGGCGCGGCCGCUGCCGCCCCCGCCCCGCCGCCUGGUGUCGGGGCAGCGGGACGGCCCGGCCGCCUCCUCGGAAGGCCCGGCCAGGGCGCGGGCGUCGCACGAGAGCUCCCGCAGCGCUCCGGGCGUCGUCGUGGCCUCCGGGCCCCUGGCUGGAGGGGCAGCGCCUGGGGAGCCGCCGGAGGUGGCGCGCUUCAUCGAGCAGGUCUGGCACUGCCUGCCUGGGGACGGGGCGGGCGGCCCGAGCGAGGCGUCGCUCCUGCAGCUCUACCGCGGAGUGCGCGACGCGGUGGACGAGGCCCGCGCACCUGGCGCCGCUGCCGCAGCCCGGCGGCACCGAGCGCUCUGCCUGAAGUACGGCGCGAGCCGCCUGCAGGCCGUGGCCCGGCGGCAGGUGCGGGCGGCGUUCGGGGAGCUGGGCGCCCGGGCCCAGAGGCAGGGGCCCCGGGGCGAGGACGGGCCGAGCGACCUCAUCACCCAGCUGAUCUGCUGCCAGGCGCAGGCCGCGGAGAAGCUGCAGCUGCAGCAGAUCAUGGUGCCGUGGAGCAUGCGGAUCGGCUGGCUCCUCGCGAGGGCGCACCGCCGCACGCUGGGAGGCAGCCUGGCGAGGUGGCAGGCCGCCGCUGCGCCGCCGACGGGCCCCGGGCGCUGCGAGGACCACCCGGGCGGCGAGGCGCGGCGGUCGCCGACGCCGGGCCGUGCGCCGCACCCGGGCCACGGAGCGCCCCCGCCCGCCGCGCGCCCGCUCGGGCCGCCGGCGCACGCCGCGAGGCUGGACGAGGCCUCGCCCAGCGGCGCCGGGCGCGGGGACAGCAGGAUCCAGGGCUCGCCGGCCGGGCUCCCCCAGGGCGAGGUGGCCCGCCGCGCCGCGCAUCUCAACCGCGCGGCCGUCAGCGGAGCGCCACCGCCUGCGCGUAUGAGGGAGUGAUGCGCGCGGG